UCACACACUGCUUUCACGGCCAAACAAACCAGCAGGCUUUGGCUCAGCAGUAAUUUUACAGUUUUGGAGGUCACAUCGGGGCUUACCGGCCGACACGAACACCACCGGCGAAGCCCCUGCCUCGGAUACUGCUUCUUUCUUGUGAUACAAAUAUCUCCGUGGACGCUUUUCAAAGGUAUGGAAAGUUCAAAUGGCUCGUCCAACUUCAGAAAUCUUGCAUACAAAGAGAGACAGUUACAACUUCCACCUAAAAGCACCAUGCAAUGCACUUUUCGAUCUGAUGCCAGUUCCAUUGGCGGAUCAGAAGUUUUUCCAACGGCUAAUGGGGGACAAGUACGCCACCAACGCAAUUCAUCUGAUAGCUUGCUAUUAGAGGAACCACCCUAUUGGCUUGAGGAGCUCCUUGAUGAGCCAGAGACGCCUAUGUGCAGAGGCCAUCGACGUUCAUCAAGCGACUCUGUUGCAUUCAUGGACAGAGCAUCUAAGCCAUUUAGAGAAGAUGGACGCAAGUUCAAAAAUAGUCCUGCCGAACCUUCUAUGGGGUCGUCCAACUUCGAUUAUCAAAGAGACCUGUCACCCUUUUCCUACCAUGCAAACCCAAACAAUGCUGAUGCAUAUCAGAAAAGGGUGUGGGGAUCACCCUUCACCUCUGUUUUCAGCCCAAACGGUCAUUUAUCUACAAGUAAUGCCAGUAGUUGGAAAAAAUCAGUAUCAUCAGCGUGCAUUUCACAGGACUGUGAUGGGGGGCAGUUUAAAGUCAUUAUACAGAGAGGAGUAGACCUGGAAGGCUCUUCAAUAAGAAGUGAUUGCUCUUAUCCUAGUCCUUCAGCAUCCCAGGCAGAUUUAAAACGUGCUAAACAGCAAUUUGCCCAAAAGUCUCGGAUGAGGAAACUCCAAUAUAUAGCUGAACUGGAAAGAAAUGUCCAAGCUUUGCAGGCCGAAGGAUAUGGAGUGUCAGCUGAGCUUGAAUUUCUUGACCAGCAGAAUCUAAUACUAGGAAUGGAAAACAUGGCCCUCAAGCAACGGUUGGAAAGUUUAUCUCACGAGCAAUUCAUAAAAUGCAUGGAACAGGAUAUGCUAAGGAGAGAAAUCUCUAGGCUUCGAUAUUUGUAUCGCCAACAGCAGCAGCAGAUGCAGAAGCAGAAGCAUUCAACCGGUGGCCGAACCAAAACUAGAGAUCUUGAUUCCCAAUUUGUUACCAACUCUAUAAAACCAAAGGAAGCUGGUUCCUGCUAAGCCAGGACUCUACACAAAAGUUCUAGUAAGCAGAAGUCCGUACCCGUAGAUGGACACUUUCCUGUGUCUCAAAGUGCUCCUUUUUUUUGUCUCUAAGAAUAGGUAGUUUUGCCUUGUUGCUCAAUCCCUGGCGAACCAGAUCUAUAAGAUUGGCAAUUCACAGCAUGUUUUCAUUUGUUUAUGACUUCCAUAGCUUGUCUCAACGUGAAAAAAGUUUGUAAUUAACUACA